GGACGUGAAGUAACCUAUACACCAAAACGUUUCAAUGAAUUCAGGCGGUUUUUUGCCGCCGUUCUACCAGCAUUCUAACUGGGACACCGACAGAUACGGGCGGGCAGUUCUCCCCGCGUCUACCCAUCCCUGGGGCAACGAGGCGAGGCCUAGGUCCUCCGGAUACUUGAUCUCUCAUAAACAGCAUGAAGUGUGUUGAAGAGCCAGAGCCAGGAGUAUUUGAAUGUAGUUUAUGUGGACUCAGAGCACCAUUUAACUACCAUGGACAAAAGCCUCCAAAUGCACGUUCUAUUGUACUGCUAGAGGAGUGCUACACCAUGAAUGAUCCAUUCACAUCUCAAAAGGAUAGAUUUCUUAUCAUUGGAUCUCACUGUAGUGUUUGCAACAGCACUGUAUGUGUUGGACAAGAAUGUAGCCUCUUCUACACAAAGCGCUUCUGUAUCCCCUGUGUUAAGAAGCACAUUGAGCUGUUCCCUGAAGAGAUUCAGUUGGAUCUACAGAAGAAGCAGCAGCAGCAAAAGCCUCAUUCUUCAGGUUAAACACAGCAAGAGACUUUCUUUAAUGAGAAAACACAGGAGAACCUUUUAUAUCAAAAUACAUCCAAUCAGGAGGUUUUUCUGAUGUGAAUAAAAAGUCAAAUCAUUACUACACUAACUUUUGAAAACUUUUUCUAUAAAGAAGUCCAGCAAAACUACUCUAUUACAUUUGCAGAAAGAUUGUAAUGAAUGAUUUCAAUUAUAUUAGAAAAGUAAAUGAAUAAAAAGCCAUUUUUCCUUUAAUAUAAGUAGCUUUAUAUUGUUCACUUCUAAUGAAUAGACAUAAUUGGAUUAAAGCAUAUAAACAGAGCCCCACAGUCCAGUAAUUAAUAGAGGAAAUGCUUAUGUUUAUCUGCAACACAUGAUUUACAGAAUUAUUCCACAUAAUCCUUUCAUGCUUUUUACUCAUGCCUGGAGUACAUAAGAAAAUUCAAUUCCCUGAUCUCUGUGUUUAUUAUGAUGGAAAGUAUAUGGCAAAAUUGAUUAGACCAAAAGCAAUGUGUUUGAGUGGGACUUAGACAAAUUGGAGGAAUAGGCAAAAAAGUGGCAGAUGGAAUGUUGGCCAUAAGGGCUGGAUCUCUAAAUAAAUAAAUAAUAAAUUCGAUGCUGAUACAGUCAGACAUAGCAUGAUUAAAUCUGUUGGAAUACCUCCCAGCAUACCUGUGAAAAUUGAUGUCCACAGUAAUUUGGCAGCUCUUGUAUUCAACUGUUAUUUCCUUCUCAACUGGAUAAUUUAGUUUGGUCAAUUUGGAAGGAACAUUUCCUUGCACAACUCUUAUCUUACCUCACAUUACCAUCCCUCGCCCUCCAAGAUGCUACUGCCACAACUUUGGAAACCUUCUGUUAAGAACUUUGUAAGCUGAAUUGUGAAUAGCUUGAUGAUGUGCAACAAGGUAAUGUCAAUGCAAGAAGGGGAAGAAAGAUGCCCCUCUGCUUCUUUUAUGCAUGGUUGGCUAUAAAGGUGACACAACCAUUUCAGAUUCUUAUAUACUAUAAGGCAAAACAAUGAAGUGGUUAAGAAGAGAAAAGAAAAAAGCAAAAUCAAAAAUAGUAUGAAUAACUCUUGCUCAUCAGCAGUGUUAAAGAGCUGCUUGUUGACUUCAGGAAAGGGAAGGAAAGCGAACAUGCAGCAGUCUAUGUUGGGAAAUUGCCAACAAUUUUAACAAGUUUAAAUUUGUGGGCCCACCACUCAGAUGCAAUCAUAAGGAAAGUACACCAGUGUCUUUCUUAGGAGGUUAAGGAGAUUCAUGUGUCAAUGUUUCAAAGGCCCAACAUAUUGAUACCAUCACAAAGAAAGCACACCAGCAGCUACACUUCCUUAGAAGUUUGAGGAGAUUUGGUAUGUCAAAUUUCUACAGAUGUACUGUGGAGAGCAUUCUGACUGAUUGCAUAUCCACCUGGUAUGAAGGGUCCAGUGCACAGGAUUGAAAAACGCUGCAGAGGCUCAAUAGACUCAGCCAGCAUCAUUGCAGGCUCUCCACAAUCGAGGACAUAUUCAAAAAGUGAUGCCUCAAGUAGGCAAUAUCUGUUAUUAAGGAUCUCACCAUCCCUCUUCUCAUUACUACUUUCAGGGAGAAAGUACAGGAGCCGGAGGACACACACUCAAUGUUUUAGGAAUGGCUUCUUUCCCUCCACUAUCAGAUUUCAGAAUAGUCCAUGAACCCAUGAACACUACCUCAUUAUUUGCUCUUUGCGCUAUGUUUUACUUAUCUCAUACUGAAUUACUGCUCCUGCAAAAUAACAAAUUUCACAGGGAUAUGUCAGUGAAAAUCAAUGUGAUUCUGAAGUCUUUUGUUGCACCUUUGCAUACACAUACUUGUA